AUGUCGACUCAUGUCGCUGAGGUGGACACUUCCUCUCUGAAGCCUCUGAAGCUAACUGCAUCCAACGUCAAGACUUUUGAGCGGCAUUUUAUCGACCAACACGGCAGAAUUCUGCAUCUUCGAGGGGCCAAUGUAGGUGCUGCUAGCAAAGUACCUAAUCGCCCCUCUGGGCCUCUUCAUGAGCACGCCAAGGUCAGCUACAUCGGUAGACCCUUCCCCUUGGAAGAUGCCGCCGAGCACUGGCAGAGGCUGAAAUCCUGGGGCCUGACGUUCUUGCGCAUAACCGUCACAUGGGAUGCUAUAGAGCAUGCUGGCCAUGGGCAGUACGAUGAGGAGUACCUGGCGUACCUUCGAGCCCUACUGAAGAGCAUGUCAGAGUAUGGAAUCGUCGCAUAUGUCGCGAUGCAUCAGGACGUUUGGUCCCGGUAUUGUGGAGGGAGCGGAGCACCUGGAUGGACACUGGAGGCGGCAGGCUUUGAUCUGAGCUCUGACGGCGAAAAGCUCGUCAAGUCAGGCGCAGCGUUCCUGGACGGUAUCCGAGGUGGAAAGCUGGAAGGAGAACGUGGUCUAUGGCCGACAGCGUGGGCUAUCCAUUCUCACUUGUUCUCUAGCACAUUCUUCUGGGGAGGCAAAAUGUUCGCCCCGUCUCUCACGGUGCAAGAUGGUGAACGGGAAGUCAACAUCCAGUCGUAUCUUCAAGACGCUUUCCUCAAAGCCUUUGAGCGCCUCAUCGAUGCUGUGGGAGAUGUGAACGGUGUCCUGGGUUUCGAGUUGAUGAACGAGCCUCAUCCCGGAUUCAUUGGACUGCCAACCAUCAAUGAAUGGAAUUACAACACGGACCUGCAUCUCGGCGAUUAUCCUUCAGCUUUCCAGUCUAUGUCAAUGGGUGCCGGGCAUCCGACGCCAAACGUUCCCCAUUAUACACGAUCCUUUCCUUGGCCUACACGUAUCGCCAAGCGAAUCACAGCCAACCCCUCAGGCACCUCGGCAUGGAAGGGUUCAUGUCCCUGGGAGAAAGAGGGUGUCUGGCGUUGGAGCGACGCGAAGCAGACGGCUGUGGUCCUUCAAGAGAACUACUUUGUCAAAGGCGUCAAAGGACGAGACGUCGAUUUCUACCAAGACUGUUACUGGCCAUUCGUGAGAAAAUGGGAAGCGAUGAUGAACAACAAGUUACGAGAUAAGAAGGGAAAGAUGCGCAUGAUCGAAGUUGUUCCCAACGAAUUCUGCCCAGAAUGGCCGGAGGGUGUCAUCCCUCAGAAUCUCGUCUUUGCCCCGCACUGGUACGAUAUCAAUACCUUGUUCAAGAAACAAUUUGGAAAUUUCACGGUCAACGUCCAGGACCUCUCAAGAGGCGCUUUCGUGUUCAAAUGUCUAUAUUGGGGUAGACAGGUCAAGGCCAACUAUGCCAGACAGGUCAAAAACAUCGUAGAGAAUGCGAGGAAGCAGAUCGGUGAGGUGCCAAUAGUGAUCGGCGAGAGUGGACUACCCAUGGAUAUGAAUGACGGAACGGCGUUCAAGUCGGGCGAUUGGAGGUGGCAAGAGCGCAUGAUGGACGCAAUGAUCUCAGCGUUUGAAACCUCGAUGGUCGGAUUUAAUCUUUGGACCUACAAUCCGAGCAAUAGGGAUGACCUUGGCGACGAUUGGAACGCUGAAAACUUCUCUUGGUACUCGGACGAAAGUCGCCGGGUGGCUGUCGGAUCCCAGAAAGCUGGCUCAAAAUCGAGGCUCGAUCACGGUGCUAGAUUGCUUGACAGCGUCGUCCGACCCUAUGCCAUCGCUACGGCAGGAACGCCCUUAUCACAUGAGUACGACCCUUCUACCUCAGUCUUCACCUACCGCCUGCAGUCUCCUAUUCGACUAGGAUCGAAUUCGUCAGAAGAAGCGGCCUCUGCAGAAGUUCCGUCCACUGCUCACAUCACCGAGAUCUACCUUCCGUCUCGCAUCUAUGCUGAAGGGAAGACAGAGUAUCAAGUGUCUAUCGGUGGACGGAUCAAAUUCGAUUAUGAGAAUCAAAGAGCUUAUCUUUGGUUUUCUGAUGCGCCCGCAUGGGCUGACCGGAAAAAGGCGAACAAGAUCCGUCGAGUCGACAUUUGGGUCAAGGGUAAACGUCCGGCUCAAGACGAAUACGGCGUAGGGAGCUGGGUGACCAUGAUCACACUCCUGUUACUGGCAAUCGUCGGCAUGAUUUACGGAACCAAGCUCCAGUGGAAGCAGGAUGAGAUUAGAGGGAUCAGAGAGACGAAGUGGGGCUUUUGA